CUGGCGAGCCUGCGCACGUGCACUAGCUGCCGCGCCGGGCUCGCCGGCCAGAGAGGCGCAGGUCCGGCACCCGCGAGCCCGGCGGCGGCGGUCGGGUCGGUGCUGCGGGACCUGCCCUCCAUGCCUGGUCCUCCCGGGCUCGGGGCGGGGUCAGGAGGUGGCAGCGGCGGCCGAUUCAGCCAAAGCCGGCUCCGCGGGGGGCCCACCGGGACGCCUCAGCCCCUCGGAGCCCCGCCUGCGGGCUGCAGGCUUUUGCUGAGCCUCGGGAUGCCCGCGGAGAUGGGUCAAGCCCGCCGGGCCCGUAGCACCUCCCCGGGGCUGUCCUCUCGGUAGGGCCCUGCGGUGGCACUAGGAUGCACCUGUCGGCGGUGUUCAACGCGCUGCUGGUGUCUGUGCUGGCGGCCGUGCUGUGGAAACAUGUGCGGCUGCGCGAGCAUGCGGCCGCCCUGGAGGAGGAGCUGGCGCGCGGCCGCCUGGCCCCGGAGCCCGCGCCCGCGCCGCGCAUCGACUACCCCCGGGCGCUGCAGACGCUGGCUGAGGGCGGUACGCACAUGGUGUGCACCGGCCGCACGCACACCGACCGCCUCUGCCGCUUCCAGUGGCUCUGCUACUCCAGCGAGGCCGACGAGUUCGUCUUCUUCCACGGCAACGCCUCGGCCAUGCUGCCCAACCUGGGCGCGCGGCGCUUCCAGCCGGCGCUGCUCGACCUGUCCACCGUGGAGGACCACAGCGCGCAGUAUUUCAACUUCGUGGAGCUGCCCGCCGCCGCGCUGCGCUUCAUGCCCAAGCCCGUGUUCGUGCCCGACGUGGCGCUGCUCGCCAACCGCUUCAACCCCGACAACCUCAUGCACGUCUUCCACGACGAUCUGCUGCCGCUCUUCUACACGCUGAGGCAGUUCCCCAGCCUGGCCCAGGAGGCCCGCCUCUUCUUCAUGGAGGGCUGGGGCGAGGGCGCUCACUUUGACCUCUACAAGCUGCUCAGCCCUAAGCAGCCACUCCUGCGGGCGCAGCUGAAGACCCUGGGCCGGCUGCUCUGCUUCUCCCACGCCUUCGUGGGCCUUUCCAAGGUCACCACGUGGUACCAGUAUGGCUUCGUCCAGCCGCAGGGCCCGAAGGCCAACAUCCUAGUCUCGGGCACCGAGAUCCGCCAGUUCGCCCGGUUCAUGAUGGAAAAGCUGAAUGUGAGCCAGGCGGGGGCUCCCCUCGGCGAGGAGUACAUCCUGGUCUUCAGCCGCACCCAAAACAGACUCAUCCUGAACGAGGCAGAGCUGCUGCUGGCACUGGCCCAGGAGUUCCAGAUGAAGACGGUGACGGUGUCCCUGGAGGACCAUGCCUUCGCAGACGUCGUGCGGCUGGUCAGCAACGCCUCCAUGCUGGUCAGCAUGCACGGGGCGCAGCUGGUCACCGCCCUCUUCCUGCCCCGUGGGGCCACUGUGGUCGAGCUUUUCCCGUAUGCCGUCAAUCCCGACCACUAUACCCCCUAUAAGACGCUGGCCACGCUGCCUGGCAUGGACCUCCAGUAUGUAGCCUGGCGGAACAUGGUGCCGGAGAACACAGUCACGCACCCCGAACGGCCCUGGGACGAGGGCGGCAUCACUCACCUAGACCGGGCUGAGCAGGCCCGCAUCCUGCAGAGCCGUGAGGUCCCGCGGCAUCUGUGUUGCCGGAACCCCGAGUGGCUCUUCCGAAUCUACCAGGACACCAAGGUGGACAUCCCAUCCCUCACCCAGACCAUACGGCGUGUGGUAAAGGGCCGGCCAGGGCCCCGAAAGCAAAAGUGGACCGUCGGCCUCUACCCAGGCAAGGUUCGGGAUGCGCGGUGCCAGGCGGCGGUGCAGGGUGCCUCCGAGGCCCGCCUCACCGUGUCCUGGCAGAUCCCGUGGAACCUCAAGUACCUGAAGGUGAGGGAGGUGAGGUACGAGGUGUGGCUCCAGGAGCAGGGGGAGAACACCUAUGUGCCUUAUAUCCUGGCCCUGCAGAACCACACCUUCACAGAGAACAUCAAGCCCUUCACCACCUACUUGGUGUGGGUCCGCUGCAUCUUCAACAAGGUCCUCCUGGGGCCUUUCGCAGAUGUGCUGGUGUGCAGCACCUAGCGGGCAUGCUGCAGCCAGGCCUGGGUGGGGGUGUGGCUCCUCCAGCUCCGUGUCCCUGGGCUCACUCGCUCGCAGUGGCUUCUGGGAGU